AUGACAUCUGCUCACGCUGACCAUUCAGGAACCAUAGAGUCUUCCAGGAGGAUGAUUAGACAACGAACAUUCCAUAAAGAUCCAGGCGACAUUAACCCUUCCCUGAACUUACCUGUGAUAGCCACCCAAGGUGAGAGAUGUGUGGACUGGAAUGAACCCACACACGGUAAAGACACACCAGGUGGACAGAAGAGUGAUGAGGUGAAACCAGAGAAUAGUUUCUAUGGUCAGCUGUGUGAACACAAGACAGUCAUGACAACGACUCCUCAAUUGUUAUCAGCAAACGUCAGCAGGAACGGACCAUUGGAGAAGCAACUAAAGGCGACCACAGAGGCGCUGGAAGUGUUGAAACAAGGCAAAACCACAUUAGAAAGCAAUAUAACAAGGUUGUGUGAGGAUAAAAGCCGUUUGGAGGAAGAAAACAAACGCCUAGAUGACAAUAUUAAAAGGCUGACGGAAGAAAACAGGGUAUUGGAAGACAAACUCCAGGUUACACAAAUGGACUUGGAAACCUGCACUGAACGUAUAAAUGAAAAGGACAGGACCGAAAGGGAACUGAAAGCGGAUGCUUUGCGAAUGCAAUCUGAGACGCGUGCAAUGGGAUCAAACCUGAGUGCUUUACACACAGAAAUCGACGCUUUAAAUUCACGUGUGAAAAAAACAGAAAAGCAACACUCAGAUCAAGUAUCAUUUCUUGAAGGGGAGAAUGCGAGAUUGUCAUCGCGUGUUCGUGAACUUGAACAGGAAGCAUCAGAUUUACGGGAAAGUGUUAGAAGAUCCGAGAUUGAGAAAGAGAAGUUAAUGGUAUCAUCAGACACCUGUCGUGUACACCAAGAUCGCCUUCAAAAGGCGAAAAUUGAAAAUGAAAAAGUACAGAAAGAACUUGAAAGUGUAAGAGAGGAAUAUCGAAGAGAAAAGUUACGCGUCACUGAAUACAAACACAAAGUUUCACAGAUUAACGCUGCUAAAGAUAAACUGAAUUCGGAUAAGGUAGCCCAAGAAAAGGAACUUCGUCAGCUAAGAUCAGACAUUAUCAAAGGACAAGAGUUCUCAACAACUCUUCUAGAGAGAAUAACUGACUACAACAAUCAAAUUGACAAACUUUUACAACACAACCAGGCUAUUCUGCUUGUUCUAGAUAAGGAAAGAUCAGAGACCAACGAGCUGCAGAAAAGGCUUCAGCAAUGUGAAAACGACCAGGAGAUGACGAAGCGUCAAUUACAGGCUCGAUCACAAGGUGGGAUGUCAGUGGAAAACAACGUUAAUUACAAAAAUAUCUUGGAAGAAAACAAAAAGUUGAGAUUACUACUCAUGGAAAAGGAGUUCGAAAGCACACAUCUUUUGUCUGAUAGAGAGGAACUGAAGGAGAAGCUAGUGGAAUUGAAAAAAAGAGCGAUAUAUGAAGAAAACAUGGUUGAGUUCAAAGAGUUGGCUAAGGACACCAAAGUGCAUCCCAACGUUGUGGAAUCUGGGCCUAUCAAAGGAUCGACCUGGACACCAACCGGCAAUGGUCAAAUCCCGUCAGAAACAGAAAAGCUAUCUCCGAGCAAAAGAUCGUUUCCCGCUAUAAAGACAGAGACUAAAACCAACGAGAUGCAUUUCUCAUGCACAGUGAACUAUAGUACCAGAAGGAAGUAUCUUCAACAACUACGCAGGGAGAGACGAUGGUGA